AUGGCCUCCCUGUGUCACCACUCCCGAGCUGGCGAAGGGGCACCGCAAAAAAUUGACCACGCUGUCAUCGGAGGGGUGGUUGCCGUGGUGAUGUUCGCCAUCCUCUGCGCACUUAUCGUUCUGGGUCGAUACUUCGCCAGACACAAAGGAACUUACUUCACACACGAAGCCAAAGGAGCGGAUGACGCGGCUGACGCUGACACGGCCAUCAUCAACGCCGAGGGAGGACACACCAACACAGACGAGAAGAAGGAAUACUAUAUCUAG